AUGGGCAAGAAGAAAACGCCAUUGAGGAAAUCCAUCAAUGAGAAUGUGGAUGCUAGUGAUCUAAUUACGCAGAAUGACAGCAAACCACGAGUCCCAUUGGAAGACUCGUCUUCGUUACGUCAACAAAUUGAUCAGAUGCGAGAGCACUCCACACGACUUAUUGCCGAGUACAAUAAAAAACUCGAAGCGUUACGUCAUGAAAACGUCCAGCUCACGGAGGAACUUCAACAUUCCCGCACUAUGGUCGAGAGUUACACGUCAACAUCUGAGGAGCUGGACAAGGAGCACAAGAAGAAGAAUCAUGA